AUGGCGGAUAUUGUGGUCAAGAAUGGCUACAACGGGUUUAGCAAUUCCAAGAAAAACAGGGACAACUACAAGCGAAGGCAGAAUUCAUUUAAAUUACCACCGUUAGAAGCUCACAAAGACGAUUUAAUCUACAGCGAAGACAAAGCACAUUCACCUGUUUUGCAGCCUUCGCUUUCUGUCAAUACGACUGCCUCAACCGAAUUUGUUAUUCUGCUCGACGAUGAGAUUCGAAGAAUUCAUCAACUUAGCGUAAAUCUAGGAAUAACGCACCACUAUGAAGUUGCAGAGUACCACAAUCGCUUUCAUUGUCGCAGGCUUGGGCGACUACCGAAGUUAGAGGAAUCCAAAUACUGGAGACAAAGUCACAAUUGGAAAAAACGAACGGAAACUGGCGGCAUAAACGAACUUGAUCUUCGGCGGAACUUCGUCACUUCGGGAAAACACUUUGAUACUUCAAGUGUACAUUGGAAUAAUUUGCCCAGAGGACGAAAGAAAUUGCUUGAGCCUGUUAAUAUACCAGCUUUAGGAUGCUCAUAUCGAUUACCAAUCCUAGAGAAACAAAAACACAAAACAGGGUAAUGGAGUCAAUGUUUUGAAUUGUCCUUAUUUGUUAGGCUUUGUGACCGAAUCGACACCAAAUCCUACGCCUUAACUUGGAUAAUCUCGCUUAUUAUUUCAUUUUUUUGUCUUUAAUACCUAAAUGAAAUAGAUCAGUGGCUAUGAUGACUAUUUUUUUUUCAGUAUAAUGAUGUUUCUCUUUUUGUUUUGUUUUGUUUUUUCUUUGGCGCAAACCGUUUUAACAUCAAUCACUGACCCUUGAAAGCGAAUAUUAAUACAGUAGAACCUCGAUAUAACGAAGGGCCAAGGGACUGGCAAAAUGUGUUCGCGAUCGCUAUAACGAAGUUUUGUUAUAUCGAGAGGUUCUUUUCCUCAUAGUUUACAAUUAGAGGGGUAAAGAAAAUCUUUCGUUAUACCGAAGACUUCGUUAUAUAGAGGUUCGUUAUAUCGAAGUCUUAACUCGUCGUUAUAUUAUCAAACAGAGGUAUAAUGGCGCCAAAUAGUAAUUAAAAGUGAAUUUACAUGGAAAUCAUUCUCAAAUGAAGGCAAAGGUUGAAAUUUCUUUCAAUAACAACUAAAAAUAUAUUUGUCAUGUCUUUAUUUUACUGGUAAAAUGUCACUGUCUAGUCAAAGCCCAUGAAAAGUUGGUCUACUAAUUUCCAAACGAAAGCAAAAAAUUAAUAUUCCUUACAAUAGCAAACAUUUUUUUAAGCCAUAUACAAAUGAUUGUAUAUAAAGUAAUGUCCAUGUGAAGUUUGUCUUAUCAACUAAGGUAAAGCAUCGUACCAUUUUUUGACUGUAACGUCCAAGAAAUAAAGUAAACCUAAGUAAGGAUUGAUAUAUCGCAAAUGUGAUGUUUUUGGUAUAUACCUGCUGGGCCAGGGUAUGUUUAAAAAUAAAUUAUUUUUCACUAUAUUUUCUCGGAGAGUUUACAUUGAGUAUGAGGUCCAUAAAGAAGCCUUCUGUUUCAUCCUAAAUUUCAAGAUUUAUAUUUUAGCCGGGUGAAAGUUACUCUUGAGUUUUUUUGUUGACAAAAAAUAUGAAGGCCGGGACCGUCCUAGUUAGGUACCCUACACUGCAACUGACAAAGCCUAAACAGCCUUUAUGGGAGAGGGAGAUUCUCUGCUUUUCCCAAGUCGUCGCCAGUGAUAAAACUAUACUUCAGUGACCAUCUUUGUAGCGCUUCCAGUGUAAAGUCUUUUGACACCGUGUUGCCUCACCAUUAAUAGUUCCACUAGGGGCUUAGAAAUAGGCACCACUGAUGUACUUUUUUCUCCUUCCGGCUGAAGUGUGCGAAUACUAGCCACUUGUGCGAUGAAGUUAAUGAACAAUUAACACCAGCUUCAAUUUACGAUAAUGGACGUUUUAAAGAGACACUUCCAUGAUAUCCGUUUGGGAAAGGAACUUAGGUUAAAGUGGUGCAAAUAAGGUCACUAUAUAGGAAGUUCAUUUUUACGUUUUCAUGCAGUUAUCCUAAUACUAGGUUCUGCUUUAGUAAAGUAACUCGGCCCAGACGCCUGAAAUUAUAGAGAAUGUUCUUCAGUUAACAUUGGUUUUCGUUAUGCCAGGUUCACACCAGAACAUUCGUUUCUUGCGCCUAAAUUUGCGGCUAGCGAUUUUUGGAGGGGCUAUGCCAUACCUUCGCUAUCUCUUCAAAAAGCUAAAACGUAUCCCCUUAUCAGUUUGACUCUAAGAAAAAUGUUCCUACAGUUUUGUUACUUAAUACUAUAUUUAGGCAACGAAACUGUUUCCUGUGGUCUGUUGCGACGGAUUGUAAGGUACGGCAUGGAUUGAAACUUGGGGAAAAUGGGACAAUUUUUUCAAGGAUUUGCUGUGGCUACAAAAAUCGCCAAAAAUUAUGGUUAGUGCCCCCUGAUGAGAUUUGUUUGAUGUCUACUUUACAUCCCUAUAAGAGCCUUUUUUGUAUAUCUAAAGGCACUAAGCAUGAUGUUAGCACAGAAUUGACCUUAAAAAUCGCGAUUCACUUUAGAUAGCUCCUUUGAACACUUGUAAACUGUGCACUUCAGCCCGAGACUCUUGGUGAAAACAGAAAAAUUGACAGUAUUCUCACUGGUUUGUUUAGGAUUUUCUUUGAACACAACUCGCCAACUUAUAGUUUUCCCGCCUACUUCUAAAUCUAUCGGCUAUUUAUCCCCGGGGUUUGUAUGAGGUAUAGUAUUUGGGGACAACACGUGUCUCGAUUUUGUAUAUAUUGAAAACCAGGUGUGAGGGAAAUAUGCUCUUCUUCUUCAUUGCCUUCUUUAUUUUUCUUCUUUAAACAGUUGAUUAAACUUCUUAUAUAUACAGCACCCUUCUUUCAAAAAAGGCCUAGACUAUCACAUACUCCUUAUUUUUUAGUUCAGAAUUACAACAGUCAUUACUAAGAGCUAAGGAUUGAAGAAAUAAAACGUUUAUUCAUAUUUACAUUUUCCUCUAAUCUAUAAAAAUAGUUAAUAUUAUGGUUUAAAGCAAAGCCACUAUAUACACUUGCAUAUUGCAGACGUGAAAUUGAAAUCAACACAAAUAAAAUAUUUUAAAGUGAAAGAGCCUCUCGACUUGACCACUUUCUGUUUUAAUUGUCAUGACAAUGUAUUGACCAAGUAAGUACAACCUACCAUAUCUGAUCGGUUAACAGUUUAUAUCAGAUAUGGUGAAAAAAAAAAAUAAAAAAUAAAUAAAAAAAUAACCCGAUACAACUGACCUUGCAGUGUCUUUUAACCCCUCUUUGUCUUUAUAAUUACUUCCGUAUCUCUUUUUCAGUUGUAUUGGGUAUUUUAAUAUACCUAACAAGGCCAAAUCAGAAAAUUAUGAGUCCUCAGACGGUCUUAGAACUCAGUCCCUUUAAGCCCUACACAACUGCCGUAACUGAACUAGUUUUGUUAUUCUGUGUCAUGUUUUGUCUUUAAUAUUUCGAGACGAUUAAACUUAACAUCCAUGUACAGUGUCUUUUCGGGGACAACUGAUUAAAAUUUUUCUUCCAGCUUGUACUAAGCUCUGUGUCGAUCUGUGUCAUUCCAAAAGGUACUACUUAAGCAGAUUAGGCCAAUAAGAUUUCACAGUCGGUACAGAUCGAGAACUGUGCAUGUGUAUGACAAACACGAAAUUUCUUUUUGUCAGUAAGAUGCCUGGCCUUGAUUGGCUUUCCAUAUCAAUUCAUAAUGUUUGCUUUUGAUCAAUGGAAUUCUAAAUUUGUGUGUGGAAAUCUAGCAUUGAAGAAAACAGUGCAAACCUGGCAGCAUAUAACUGCAAAAAGACCCAAUUUCGAGUCCUAGCCGAAAUCCUUCAGCACAGACAACUUGAAUUAAGAGCUUUACUCUGAGUUGUUCUUUCUCAGAUAAUUAUUUCUUUAAAUGAAAAUUUCGUCCGCUUCUUUCUUUUCAAACUGCAGAGAACCUAUGCCCUGAGGCCAGCAGUUCAAAUAAAAAUGAUUCCAGGGCACAUUUGAAUCUGAUUCACUGUACUGUUUUUUAAACUGUACCCCAUCGUUGUAAAGUGUAACGUUCGCCAUUUACCUGAAACUCCAUAGCACUUUGGGAGCUGUCAGUACUCUCAUUUGUUGUUACGGGUUUUCCAACAUCUUGGAAGACGUAACUUGCAGUUUUUCUCCGAGGGCGUCGGAUAGUGAAGCUGUUAGAAUUAAAUUUGUAAGAGCAUUUGUUCCCUACAAGAUUGCAAAUCUUUCGACACACCCCAGUGUAUGCUCCGUGGAACUCGCGGAUUCUUGCUGUGUAAAUUAGAAAAUUCAUUGCCGAAUUUGAAAGGGCCAAGGUUCGAAUCCAGAAGUGCGCAGGUCCGUUGGGAGUCACAAUUGAACCCCCCGUGGCAAAUAAGAGGAUCAUCAAGGGAAACCAACAAACAGAAAAAAUCCCGAUCACAAUGGCCAGUGUACAUGCGACACGUACCUCCACCCGGGAAUUGUUAUCCUCAGAGCUUCGUCUAGCUUGUAACUGGCUUCUUUUCUUCUUGAUUUUGAACAAAAAUACCACGAUAAGAAGGUAUGAAACGACAAUGAUGAUAUAACUGAAACCAAACGUUCCUGUCGCUAGGAAUGCUUUUGGAAACGAGUCCGGCAAAACCUCCCCUAAGAUGGGAAAUGACACUGGGAAAAGCCAAGCCACUACUAGCAUGAUUUUCAACCCGUAUUUUCGCAUGAUGUUUUCGUGGCGUAGAGGGAAGACCACCGCUAUGAAACGAUCCACACUGAUAGCGGCCAUG